AUGGCGACUCCGACAUCCCACCCAAACCCCCAAACCGCCCAAAAACAGCCCGCGGCUUCCCACCUCACGCCAGCCUCGGCGGGCUCUCCACCAGCUCCUUCCUCCUCGCACUCGCGCUCAGUCACCUCGCCAGCUUUUUCCGCCCUCAAGGCUCCCGCCCGCCAGUUCCACCACCGCAAUGGUUCCGCGCAAAUACCCGGCAGCACGCCCAGAGGCGGUCCUGGUACGCCAAGACCAGGAACGACGAGCUCUACAGAAUCGCCUGCUGCGACGGCAGCAGCUGCCAUGCUGAUGGAUCCGCAGUAUGGCUUUACAAACGGUGCGGGUUUGGGGCUGGGAUUCACGCCGAGAGGGACAGGCUUCACGCCUGUGGCUAUGCAGAUGACGGGGAGUAGUGGGGGUAUCAACAGCAUUCUAGCUGCCCAAGAUCAAGAAGAGGAAAGGAAGAGAAGAAUGGAGGCUGUGGUAGCUAUGGUAGCGGGGAGGUGGGGCUUCGUGAGUCAAGAGGGUGUGGAGAGGUGUGCUAAGAGACUGGGAUUGGAUGCACUUUGGGAGGAUGGAAUGGGGGAAGGGAAGAGAAUGUUGACAAUUGCCGGGACUGCAAUGCUUCUCGAGGUGGGGUUUGAAGCGGAGGAAGUAAUGGGUUGCGUGUUGACUUUUCCGGGUAGUGGAGAGGAUGUUGGGCGGAGGGCAGCCAGAGGGGCACAGGUGCUGAGAAGGGAUUUGAAAGGAGAAGGGUAUGUAGGGUUGGAAGGGUUUGUGGAGAAUAUGGAAAUCCUAGGGAGGAUGGAUCGACUGGGUGGGGAGAAGAUCAGCUGUUUUGAUGCUACGGAUGGAGUGUUUAAAUGCCUGGAGAAACUGUGGAGGUUGGAGACUGAGAGGGAGAAGCGACAAGGGAAAGAAGUGGUGGAAGAGGAGGUCAUGUGCCGGAGCAGUGGGAGACCGAGGAUGCAUGCGAGGGGACGAGUAGGCGUGGCAUUGCAAUACUGGAUGGAGAGGAGGCUGUUGCUCGGAGUGGAGGAGAAGGCAGACGAAAUGGACAUUGACAACAAGGAAGCUGGCGAGGUGGACGACCAAACGGACAUCUGGUCAGCAAUCAUUGAAUGCGAAGCCUCUUCCGCCGAGCUUUAUCCUGCGAUCAGAGUCUCGGAUGCCUGGGUGUCUGAAGCCGUCGAGAAGCCAGCACCAGCAGAAUCUAACGACCUACCUGGCAACGACUCAUCAAUCGAUUGGCAAGACCCUCCCCCGACGCUCCUGCCCCCAGACGAGCAAGGAGAGAGCGGCGUCGCAGUCACAGAAGCAAAUCAUCUCCAGCAACCCAAACCACCAGAUGUCCGCUUCGUCGCUAAGUUCGAACCGCCAGUGGUUCUGCCCUUGCCAACAGCCAUACAAGUCCAGAACUCUGUUGGCGCGCCAAUAUCCCCGGAAUUGAUCCUACCCACCACCUACGAAAGCCUACUACUUGCGGGAAGUGAAGUCCAGAACCCCCCCAGCGACCCUCGCACCAUGGAAAAGACAGUCAUGCGCUAUGACUCGGCCACUGACACAUCGACCUCACAUAUACACAAAUACAGCUUGUUCCCUCAACAGCAAGAUUGGGCAAGCGCGAUCACGCACCUCCCAUUUAGCCACCCAAGACAGAUCGUUGCCGUUCUGCCUAUACUACGCCAAUGGGCUCUGACAGGCGGUAUCCUUCGCCGGGCGUUCGACUGUGACAAAGAACCUACUCCACCGAAAGCAAACGGCCAGUCGACCUCCCAAGAUCAGCCCUCCGAGCCAACAACCUUUCAAACGCUCGACGCUGAGCUUGCUGCCUUCAUGUCCUCACCUCUGCCAAACGCCCCUAAGCCACCCUCAGACAAGGUGAGGGAAGUGCAGAUCACGUUCAAGGCUACGCCUGUGCCCCAGUUCCAAGUCAAUUUCCCAAAUCCACGCUACGGUGGUAAAUUGGCUGGCUUGAAUUUCAUGAUCGGGUUGAAUGGAAUCAUUGGUGGUGUGGACGUGCAUGAUGGAAGCCCUGAUUGGGGCAGUAACGGUGCUGCAAACGCGGAGGCAGAUGAAAAGGGACAGGAGAGGGUGAGGAUGAGGGAGGAAGUGAGGAAGGUAUUGGAGGUUGGGGAGAGCGUUGGGGUCGCUGUUGAGUGGAUGACCAGAUAG